AUGGGUUCGACGACUGUUCCGCCGGCAAUCCCACCGUUGACGGCCUUCGAACGCAUAGGCCCCAAAGGCUGGAUCCGCUACAUCUUUCUUUUCCAACUUGCCGAGGAACAUGAAAUCGGAAAGGUCGUAGAAAUUGUUCGCCAUGGCUUCGACGAAGUGAAAGAGCGUUUUCCCGAGGCAGACUGCGAGGCCGUUCCUGACUUUGAAUCCAGACAGCAGGGUGUCUUCAAGCUGCAGAAGUUGAGGGGCGGAGAGGUUGAGAGUGUAGUUGUCAAAGAUCUACGACACCCUGAUAAGUUCUCGUGGACCUAUGACGAGCUAAAAGCACAGUCUUUCCCUGUGUCUGCUUUUGAUGCCAAUCUCCUGUGUCGUGGAUCCGUCUGGGCUGCCCCGGGGGAGCGCAUGCCAAUCUCUCUAUCGCAAGCGAAUUUCAUCCGUGGUGGCCUCAUUCUCACUUGGAACAUAUUCCACAUGGUCGGCGAUGGAACCUCAUUUUGCACCUGGAUGAAGGUUUGGGCAGAAGGUUGUCGUCGUGCACAAGCCCUGGAUAUCCCAGACCCCAUCCAACUCCACCCGGAUAUCUGGAAUGACCGCGAGCAGCUUAUGAGGCCGUCUGGGAAAAAUCACGGCCGAUUGGAGGAUCACCCAGAAUAUACCCUCCUCCCCUUCACACCGACCGGGGCACCACCAAAGAUGCUAUCGCCACAUCAUCGCGGACAGGUCUUUCGCUUCUCACCUGAAUCAUUGAAGGCAUUGAAGGCGGAUGCAUCUCCGGCUAAUGCGUCUGAGCCAUCUGAUCAAGAGUGGAUCUCGACAAAUGAUGCGGUCUCCGCACUUAUAUGGCGUACGGCCAUGGCAGUACAAUCUCCAAUGGAGUUGUUGGAAGGAGAUCCGGUUUCCAACUUUGGUAUCUCGAUCAAUGGGCGCCAACGAAUGUCACCUAAAAUUCACCCAGAUACUUCAGGAUGCUUCCUGGGCUUCGUGCCGGUGAUAGCACCGGUUAGAGAUAUCGUUGGUCACUCCAGCCUCGCUGACCUGGCCAUUUUGAUUCGCAAAGCCGUGUUGCGUGCAGACGACCAGUUUGGAGAUGAUGUGGUGACACUGGUUGAUAGCGUGGACGAUGUUAGCAAGCUAGUCCCGACAGCAUUUUUGGAUAUCCCUGGGUUCAACUGUGUUUUAUCAUCGUGGACUGCCUUCAGUCUGUAUUCUUUGGACUGGGGCCCGAUUUUGGGUAAGCAUAUUGAUGCUGUCCGAACCCCGAGUGUGGGUCUAAUCAACGGAGGUCAAUUUAUUUUGCCAGUGCUACGUGACGGAGGAAUGGAAGUUUUGAUGGGCGUUGAUGAAAGUUGUCUCGACAGGCUGCGGAGUGAUUCUCUGCUGAACAAGUAUGCUAUUGCAGUGUAA